ACUUGUGCUGUGUCUCUUUCAUAUUAAUACAGAAAAGGAAACUUCCAAGUAACUGCACUGCACGUUGAAGCGAUCUCAUCUUUCUCUAUUAUUUUCACCUAACAUCAUCUUAUCGAGCUUCUUUUGUUUCCCAUAUAUCCAUAAAGAUUCUUCAUCUCUAGAUUUCUUGAUAAAAACCCACUUUUUCUUGGUGGGUUUUGCCUAUACUCAACUGGGUUUAUCUUAUAUUCUAGUGAGGUAAUUGUUUUAACUUGGGUUUUGAUUAUUGGAUAUUAAAGUUUCAAUCUUUAUUUGAUUUUGUGGCUUGUUUGUUGAAUUGGUGAUUAGGGGUUGAAAAUGGUUAGUUUUGGCUGUUGUUUAAGUGUUAUUGAAUUGGUGAUUGUUAAGUUCUUGAUGAUUUCUAUUUGGGUGUGAUGAGUUUAUUGCAGUGUUAAGAUAUGAGAUUAAUAUAAGGGUUUUGUGAUUUCUAUUUGGGGGCUCAAUUGUGUUGUUUUUGAGGGUUUGACUUGGAAUAUUUAUUUUUGUGUAUGGUUGUAACUUGUAAUUUAUUGAGUUCAGGACUGGAUUAUUAGGUGCAGUUGGUUGGAUCUUUUGUUCCAGAUUUUAUAAGUUGUGAUAGAUGAAAGAUAGAGGAUAGAGGUUAUGGCACCGAGAGGAUUGGAUGAUGAGAGGGAGGGUGAGGAAUUGGACACAUUGAAUAGGGAACACUUAUUCGGUGUUCCGCUGAUUGAACCUCAUCAUUAUCGAACACGCUUUCCUGGCGCGGUUAGGCUAAAAGCGUAUAUAUUUGAUGGGUUAGGGAAUUAUUAUAAUAAGGAAUGGGAUCUUCAAGAGGGGAGUGGCCAAGAGUUUUGCUGGUACCAUGUAGAACUUCCCAAAGGGAAUCAGAAACUAUCGCAAUCAGCACAGUAUUUGAUUGAUGCUCUUUGUCCACCACUAAAACUUCAAGAUAUACUUUCACUAGUUAGUACAGGACCCUUUUGUGGUCAUGUUGAUGGUGCACUCGUAUUCAGAGUAAAUUCUCCGGGUCCUGCCUCUAGCAAAUUUACAUUCAGAAUUGCAGCGAGGGUUACUGAGAAUUCUGUGAUUACUGUAUCUUUAGGUCGAGUUCCACGACUGGGUUUUUCACCUGUGGGCCAGUCUCUUCUUUCGGAGGUUCCUAGGGUGGAGAGUCCUAGUGGUGAGCAUAAGGACAGGAGUGGGACUGUAAUCGAGGAGCAUGUUCUUGAUUUUUUGUUGAGAAUGAAUCAUUCUGAGGAGGCUGAUAAUCCUGUGCCGAAAUCUGUCUCUAAUCUCGUGGUUCACAUCAUCGACACACAUGUGGAUCACCUUCAAGAUGUUGUGACGAAAUUCGAGAUGGACCUUGAUUCAGUGGAGCUUGAUUUGGAUAGAGGAGGUUUUGCUCUGAAGAAACAAAUGUUAGAUGAUAGAAGGUUCCCCAAAAUGCAUUUGGACUUGCAGCGCCUGCUGCAGGUGCUUGCGCAUGGAGAACAAGUAUUUCCACGAGUUAAAGAAAAGUGUUCUCUGAAAGUUUGGUUUGCUAGUGAAGACAUUAAUUCUCUUGAAGAGUUGACUGGGAGAUUCAAGAGAUUAAAGGAGAAUGUCGGAUUUAUAGCUAAUCGUGUAACAGCCGUCCAGGCUGGUCUUGAUAGCUGGCAAGCGGAGCAGAUCAACAGAAAGCUAUACUACCUCUCUUUCCUAUCUAUUAUAUUCCUUCCUUUAUCAGUAAUCACAGGAGUGUUUGGAAUGAAUGUGGGAGGAGUUCCAUGGACAGGACAAAAAGAUCCAAAACUAAAGAAUGGGUUUCUAAAUGUUAUGCUUCUGUGUGUGGCAACGCUGGUUCUCGUACUUCUUUGCUUCCUCUUUUCAGCACUCUACACGCGUAUGGAUGCUUGGCGUCGAAGAAAAGAUUUGACAAGAAGCUUGUCUAUUAACAGAAGAUUUAGCAAGAAAAGUGAAAGAGCUGGUUAUCUUCGGAUUUGAAAAAAAAAAUUAAAAAAAUAGACAGAUUACUUGACAUAUUUCAUAUAUACUUGUAAGGCUCAGAUGUCUUAGUUUUGUCCUACAUUACAGAAGUGCCAGACUCAAAGUAUUUUGUCAGUUGCAUGAUUUUAAUCAUAUAUUCAUCAAUAUAUUGUGCAACUGUCUGAGUGUUCUUAUGAAUGAGCAAUCAAAUUUGAAGUGUUAUCUGUCA